AAGAAAUUAGGAUCUAUGGAUUCUCUUCCUUCAGAUGCUUUACUAAAUAUCAUUUCUAGGGUUCCAACAGAAUCUGUAUUGGAAUGCAAAUUGGUGUGUAAGAAGUGGCUAACUCUUAUCCGUGAGAGUGGAACUUAUUUUACUAAUCUGCACUUCAGGCACCUAAUUAACCAUUUAUACGGUAGCGGUAACGACGGCAACAAUAUAGCCACUAAGGCGCUGGAAAGUCUCUUUUUUGCUUGCCGAAGGGAUGAACUCGAUGGCCCAACGUGGCUUUUCCACGGGCAGAAAAUAUCUGAUAAGAUUAGCGCCAACGAGAAAUACUCUUACAAGGAAAAUCUGAGAAAGGUCAAUCAUCCUCCCAUGCACAAUGAACUAUAUGAUCACUUUGUUGGCUCUUGCGAUGGUUUGAUUUGUGUAUCUAUGCACCAUGAUCGAGUUAUAGAUCCCAUCUACAUGUUUAAUCCAAUCACUAGAGAAUAUAUUUAUCUUCCCGAACUAGUGGUGGCACCGUCGCCCGAUAUGGAACGUCCUUUUAUCACAGAAGAAGGGGAGGUCGAUUUGCUUGGUUGCGUAUCAUCUGGAUUUGGGUGUGUUAGAUCUACUAAUGAGUACAAGAUUGUUAGAAUCCACUUUCCUUGCACAGUUUAUGAAGGUCAUGUCGAAGUAUACACACUUGGCAGUGGCCGCGGAUGGAGAUUCAAAGGUGUAACUGCCAUUCGGUUGAUGAAACCUAAUGGUGCUGGUAUAUUUGCAAAUGGAUCUCUCUAUUGGACCGGAGAUAAUAAUAUUGUGGCCUUCGAUUUGGCCAGUGAGGACUUCCGAUUGAUCCCUUAUCCUCCAUGUAUGAUAAACUGCGUUCGGAAUAUUGAUAUAUAUGGACUUGUGGCACUUGGAGGGAAUUUGUGUUUUUACUUGGAGAAGGUACGCCUGCAAAUAUGGUCCUUGAAGAAAAGGAGUAACGAAAAUAGCGACAUCGAAGAUAUCUGGUGUUUGGAUUUCGAUAUAGGUUUUGAAGGUGUGGCAGUUGAUCGUGAAUGGACGUGGUUUACACCGGUUUUACUUACCGAGGCCAGAGAAGUCAUACUUAUAUACAAUGAUUCUGCACUUUAUAGUUAUGACUCGAAAACGACAACUCUGAAGAUGAUAUCAGAUGAUGAUGAAGUGUCGAAAGAGUAUUUCGCCAAUGUCAAAGCAAUUUCACACGUACAUAGUUUUGCUUCGUUGGAAGCGAUGGGAGAAAAAUCAAAGAGGUAUUCGGUUGGUGAUAUAUGGGAAUGUAAGAUCGCCAUUGAACAAUUAGAAACAACGAGUCUCGUAUGGGGAGGGACGACCGCACAGAAGACAAAUACGCCAAAUUGA